AUCAAGUCACGAGCCCGUAUAAGCGUACCGAUAGCUGCUGACAGAAACUUCAGAUGAAUGGUGUGUUGAAGGAAGACAGUUAGUAAAACUCAAUCCAAGCCAGAUGUUUGCGAGAGUCUUUAUUUUCUGCUCGUUAUCUUUGAUUCCUCUGUGCAUGGCCACUAGUCAGCAAUGUGAACCCGCUGAGCAGUCAGAGAGUGGAAAAGCUCUCAAAGGUCACGUCUUUAAAUCGAAAAGGGUUCAAAAUCCGUACGAAUGUCUUAUGUUCUGCUCCAGCGAAUUCACAUGUCAGAGCUACAAUUACGUCACGGCUGGUAAUUUUUGCGAGCUGAAUAACAGAACCAAAGAAGCGAGACCUGAAGAUUUUGUCCGAGAUGAAACUAGAUUCUACGUGCGACGGUGGAAGAACAGAGUCUCAUUAGGCUCCGUUCCCGAGAUGCCCGCCGAGUCUUGUGGAGAGAUCAAAGCCAGCGAACAGGGGAUGGCGGUCAGCGGUAGAUAUUGGCUGGAAUCCCAGGAGACAAACAUGAAAUCCAAGAACUUUCUGGUUUAUUGUGACAUGGUAUCGAAGGAUGGGGCCUGGACCCUCCUCGCUCGGUUUUCAAACAGUGACACUAAAAACUGGAUGGAUGACUCAGGAGACUGGUGGUAUGACAGUGCUCAAGGUGCAGGAAAAACUGCUGACCCGUCAUACAGCGCAGACAUGAUAUCGCCGGCGUUCUGGCUGGUCAGUGGCAGAGAGCUUAAGAUCACGCGCAAUGAUGACUCUGGACACACUCCUCUAUUGCAAACAACAGGGAAUUGUCUGAGCGGGAAGACAUUCCGUUCCAAAAUUACCAGCUAUGGUGAUUUCAGAAACGGUUCAGUUUGGUCCAAUGGUGAGUGCCUGGGAAAAUGCAAAGUUAAAUAUGGAGGACAAUACCUUACCACCGAGGGCUUUGGGCAGGCUUCAUGCAGUGGUGACCUGCAAGGUGCUGAUGAGGUCGGCUUCUGGUGUAACGAAGGCUGGAGUGGUUCUGUGAUCAUGAUUGGAGGAGGCGGAACUGGUUGUUCAGGUGCUGAUCACGGAAUUGGGACAACGGUGGCGAAACUUGCCUCUUUUAAAAUCAAAGAGGAUAACAGAAGAGAAUUUGAUUUUAGUAACGACGUAUGGGGCUCGAUAACUAAAAGUUACUCCUUGAAUUUGUGGAUUCGUUAAUGCAUGCAUCCUUUUUGAACUCGUGACGCAUGAAAUGCUGUUUAGGAUGCUGUUUGAAGCGUGAAUUUUUCCAAAAUUCGCGCAUGAAACGUGAUCAAAACUACUCUCUACGUACAAUUGUCUUGAAUCCGAAUUGCUUUUCAAUGUAUUGAGAUAAAUGCGUGCUUAUUUUUAGUUUUUUUUGUUUCGUUUUGCUUUGUUUUGUUUUUUUCAGAUGCAUGAAUUCAAACUUAAAAUGAUUUUGCAUCAAGUUUUAAGGAAGUGCGAACGUGUACAUAGUUAUAAUAGAACCUGCUUUGAUGUUGAUUGAUCAAUGUGUUCAGUUUUAGGCAUCUAGGUCUCUCGUUAACCAUAUGUAAUUGCUGGCUUGGUUUUUAACUGGCUGUCGUCACCCUCCAUAAAUAAAGUUGACACACACAUACAUGAUGACAAAUAAAUGUUAUUUCCCAGUAACAGAACAGAUGUGACCAGGUGGCAGCCAAAA